CGACGUCUCCAGUCCACGUCUGCGCCCGCCGCCCCGCCCAGUCCCGCGACUCCCGCCCAUCCCACCCAUGGAGGCCAUCGCCGUCCACAAGUCAGAGUCCCCCCCACCGUUGCAGCCUAGCGUGAUGGACGCAAAGUCAGCCGCAAAAUCCACGCAUAGCCAUGCAAAGAACUCGGGGUUCUCGCCCUUCGCACAGUCAACCCAGUGCGCUUCAAAACGAACAACGCGUCAAAGCGACGACCACAACAGGUCUAGUACUUUGAGAGAGAGCGGCAAUGUACCAGCGGUGGGAACGGAUACUCCGACCGGCCCUAGCCGACAUCGUCCCAGAAAGAGCCUUCUUGGUAGCUCCGAGGCAACUGCUGAAAACUCCACAAGGUUUCCCGCCCGCCAUCAAUCUCUGAAGAGAAGGAGGAAAGACUCUCCAGGCGAGUCCUCCGUGGAAGAAGAGUCCAGCGCGACUAGCCGGAGCAACGCCCGAAAUACCAUAGAGAGCGCCCCCCAAAGGGGUCAGCGUCAAUCCGUUAGAGUCUACCGUCAGUCUGCUUCGGGUAGCGAUGACGGUGAUAUUGCUCUUGUCGAUGGUCCGCGCCAACAAUCGAAGAUCAUCGGCUCUUCGGGCCACCGAAGAGGGGGAAAGGAUCAAGGAAACUCUAACAAUCCAUUCUCAGACACUCGGCCAACAGCCAGCACGUCAAAUCAUCGAGAUGCUCGUCUCGCGAAGCAGAGCAGGGUUCACAAGAAUGAUCGGGACAGCGAUGUUGAAGAGGUCAACAGACCGGAAAAGCUGGGAAUGGGGACUGGAAAGAGCAGAUUAGACGAUCUCGCCUAUGCUCUCAAACCUCCUCCUCGCAAAACCGGAAGGAGACCAAUGAUGAACAAGGACGGACUCACUGCUUCGACGAGCUCCUCAAUGCCCAAACAGCAAAAAGAGAAUGGCCCAAAGGGCCAAGCUCCAAAGAAGACGUCAAUUCAAAGUUUCAUGGUCGCGAGGGCAUCGCGUCUGCCCCACGGGCCCUUUCGCGUGGACACGCUGUCCUUUUACAAUACGAACAUGAAAUUCAAUCGUAAAGAAAUUGGGAAGUGGCCGGUAGACUACGAUCAGCUAGACUCCCUGGAGAUAUGUGUCCAUGAGUCGCACCCCCUCGUCAGAAUAACACUAAAUCCCAAAGUUUUUGUCGACAACAUGAUUCUGAAAGGUCUUAUCGGUGAUGAUUCACUCGUGGCGAUGGAUGAACUGCACAUGACCCUAAUUCCAGGACAAUCAGACGACCUCGAAACCAUCCUGAGGAAUUUCCAUGAUAAGGCCAAAGCAAGUGCCAAGUCAUCAAAGCUACGGAACCACAUCAAUUUGAUCGAUGAAGAUGUUUGUCAUAUGUACAGAGAAGCUGAAGAGCAGGCAGAGGCAGCAGAAAGACGAAGUAACGGGGAAACCCUCGGAAGAAGACAUGACGAAAGAGGAGCCGAAAGCCGAACCCAAAAGGCAACGAAGGGGAAGUCGAGAUCGAAAAAGACCGAAGAGGAGGACAGCAAGCAGAGUAAACUAGAUUUUGCGCCCCGAACUCAGUCAGAGCGGUCGCUCGCGCGCCCAGUACGCAAAGCCGUUCAAGUUGCCAAGGAGAAAAGCGGAAAUGCUGCUCUAUAUCACGAAAUUGGUUCUUCUGACGACGAUGAGGUCCCUGUGCAUAUGCCCUUGGGCCCUCCCAUCAACAGAGACGAGCUCUACUUUCCUUAUCCUCUCCGCGAGAAAGCUGCUGUGACCAUCACUCGUGGCGAUGUGUUGCGAAUACAGCAAAAUGACUUUUUGAACGACACUCUCUUAGACUUCGGUUUGCGGCAUGUCCUGGACCAGUUCGACAACGACGCCAAAGAUGAAACUCAUAUAUUCAAUUCUUUCUUCUAUUUGAAACUUGCCAACAAGUCCAAAGGGAGCAAGCCCACACCGGAAGGGUGGGCGGCUUAUGACUCUGUCAAAAAGUGGACAAAAGGCAAGGAUAUCUUCAAGAAGAAGUUUGUUGUGGUACCAAUCAAUGAACAUUUUCACUGGUAUCUUGCUGUGAUCAUCAACCCUGCCGGCAUCUUGCGAGAGACAACCCCGCAGCCAAAUAUUCAAACAAGUACCAUCGAGUUCAAGUCGAGUCCCAAUCGACCUACCACACGGGCGGCCGCAGCUGCCGUGAAGGAGAAUGCCACCGCCGAAAUCGAAGUGCCGGCGUCUGCCGAUCAAGAUCCCUUGAUUUUGUACCAAGGCAAUGUCGAUGACAGUGAGCGGCAUGUCGCUGGGGAGUCUGUCCAUGAGAACCGGCCAACUCAGCCGGAUCGUAUACUGGAGACUCCGAUCGCUUCUCAGACCAUUGAGAAACCAAACGAAACCAGCCCAAAUAAUAACCUCUCGCCCCCGCCAUCCUCUCCACUCACGCCUAUAACGCCUGUUCCCGAACAUCUCUUGUCACCUGAUGCGCCGGUCUCCAGUGAUCCCAUUAACGCUCUAGAUCAGACGGGCGAUCAGGAUCAAGAUAUCCAGAUGCAGGAUGUCUCGUCUGCCGUUCAGAGCCUGGCCCUGGGGGUCAAGGUCAAUGGGGGGGCUGACUCCAAAGAAGGUAUUCGAGAUGCUUCUUUGCCGAGGAAGCUCAAAAUCCAAGCAAAGAGCAAGAUCUGCAAUGACAACAGUGACGAGGGCUCUGUCAAAAAUGAUGUUGGUGAGGAUAUUGAUCCGGCUCAAGGUGGAUACAUCGAUAUCAUGUCUUCAGCGUUUGCCCACAAUCGCCAACCUUCAGAAAAGGUACAGGCUGCAACAACGAUCGAAGACGAUGAUGACGUUGUGGAGAUAGCUGGCCCUGCAGCGGGGAAGAAGCACAAGAAGGGGAAAGCUUCGACCAACAAAGAUAAAAAGGCUCAUCCGAAAAAGAAGGGUGAUGAUGACAAUUUUCAAGACGGCCGAACCUGGAUUGUGACUUUUGACUCCCUUGGCGGGAAACAUCAGGCGGUCGGUAACACAUUGUCGCGUUGGUUAGAGUUUGAAGCGAAGGACAAGCAUGGCGUCGAUGUCAAGAGUGAUGCGGUAUAUCGGGCGGGAUAUGCCCCAGCCCAACCCAAUUUCGUCGAUUGUGGGCUAUAUGUUGUGUGGUACACUCAGCAACUUUUACAAAAGACAGACGCCAUUCUCGAGUUCGUUCAGCGCCAGCAACCAUACAAGACGGAUCCUGAUCGCAAGGAAUGGCAAAUUUCUCUCGAAAGCGCCUGGUCAGCGUCCGAAACAGCCAAUUUAAGGGACAAAUGGCUCGCCAUUAUGGAGAGUCUGAACUCGGAGUGGAAAAAGGUGAAAGAAGAAAGAGCGGCUGCUGGUAUUCCAGAGGACGUUGACGUGGAUGGAGAGGAAGGGGACAGCCAGAUCCAGGUUAUCGACAAGGAAGAGCAAGAAACCCUUCAGAAAGUGGUAAAGGCAGAGUACGAAGAAUAUCGCAGAUCUGGCAAUCUAGAGGGAUCUCAAAUCGGCAAACAACUGUCCCCUUUUCGAAUGGCUGCUGCUCUCAGGCCAGCAAUAGAAGAGGACGGCGAAUUUGCAGAAUCUCGGUAUGCCCAGCGGCGACUGUCGGCCCCUGCUAUUUCUUCCAAGUUUCGACCGGGACACGAGCCCGCGCCCCGCAGCAUGCCACCUCCUGACCGUACCUCGACACCUCAUCGACCUGCCCCCGAGAAGCGCCCCGCGCCAACUUCCGCCCAUCUUGAACCUGAUAUGCCCGGCUCGUACCCGCACUCCAGCCCAACCAAUGCAGCGCGAGAUACCACGCGAAGGAAGGCUAGAAGUUUAUCACCAGGUACUCAGGGAUCUCCUGAUUGGCCGGACAGAGCCGAGGAUGAUGAAGACGCUGUCACUCUCCGGGGCCAGCCGGAGGACGGAGGGGAAGAAAGGAGACCUCUAAACCCAACAACACGGAAUGACGACUCGGACGAGCUCGAUACAAGCGCAGACGAGCGAGUUCAAGAAGUCGAAGGGGGCCGACCUGGUCCUUCAAGGAGGCAUGCUGGGGGUGUUAUGGAAAAGGAGAGAGAAGGAGAGAACGACGACGCAAAGAUAGAAGAGGAGGAGGAGGAAGAAGAAGAAGAAGAGGAGGAAGAGGAAAAGGAAGAGGAGAUGGACGAACAAGCGUUAGGGGAAACUCUAAAGAGGGAAGAGUAUAGGUUACAAGCGCUUGACAUCCACGUCAGCAAUGGUCAUGGGCGCUCAGAGGCGAGUCCUGUCGCCGCUGAACCUCACAUGCCAACUACCGCUACCGUGGACCCUGAGAACGUCCAUCAUAUCCGAUACUCUUCCGAGGAUGGUGCAAGUCCCUCCCAUUCUGCAACGCCGACCAACGUCCCUCCCAAAGCGACGGCUGGGAGACAAAGUCUUUCAAAGGAGAGUAAAUACUUUGAUAACGGCAAAUCUAAACCUCUCGAGCCAACAGCUGUCAAAUCGGCGGUAGCGUCGUCCAGUUUCCCUCCGAGGCAUACUCCGAGCAGACCGAAUCCGGAGGCCCUUGUGCGAAUGUCUUCUGGUAACCGUGGCCACGUCAUCUCUGUCAAGAGUGGCGGUGACAAUAGCAAUGGUCCCUUUUCUUCUCUCAGCGCGAGUAGUCCUACUGGACCAUAUCUGCAAAAAGAAGCUCGCAUGGAGCAGGCGACCAGGGCAGGGAUGCAGGCCAAUCCGGGAAAGAAUGACGGGCUAGAGGUGGGGUCAGGGAGCGAAGACGAAGAGGAGAUGGGCAUCCCAGACGCUGGGGGGAAGGAGAGGGUGGCCGAGCUUUUGCUCGGGUCGGACCAGGAUACAGUGCCUGCUCGAGACAGAACACAGAUGCCGGCCUCUGCUAUGGGGAACCGUUUCAAAUCGCCUUCGAAGAGGCGUGUCGUUUCGGACGGGGGCCAAAGUGGUCCAGAUAGCAAGCGGAAGAAAACCGAGAAGGGGAGUCGCAGGGAAUCGGUGGCGCAUGGAGCAACAAAGGAGCAACCCAUAGAAUUGGAAGACGAUUGAGAUGUGUGUACCAGAUAUUGUAUUAGUAGGGCAUAUUCCGACGGGUCAUAUUAUGUCAGCAACAUUAUAAUAAUGCA